UGUAAAAAGAAUCACGAUCCAGCUUCAUGUCGCCCAGGAGGUCGAUCUCCAAUUCUUCCUACCAGAGUCUUAGAUGUUGGCUCGACAAGCUGCAAGGUUCGGUUGAUAGAAACCCAAGGAGCGAGGGGCCGCUACAUGACCAUGAGCCACCGCUGGGGGGAACAAAUGGUCACAACUACACAAGCGAACAUUGGGGCACACCUACGAAUUAUCCCGUGGGCGGUGCUAUCAAAGACUUAUCGUGAUGCCAUAGACUUCACUAAGUCACUGGAUUGUCGAUAUCUAUGGAUAGACUCGCUUUGCAUUAUCCAAGAUAACAAGGACGACUGGGAGCAUGAAGCGGCUAAUAUGGGGAAUAUAUACUCCAAGUCUUAUUUAAAUAUCGCUGCGAGUCAAUCGGGAGAGAGAAACGAUGGACUUUUCAAUGAACGGUUUCGGCUGGAAGGAAUGAAACUCGGCAAGUCGUCAAUCGAGCCAGCCAGAGUACAUGUGGGUGGGGACAGUAUUCUGGUACGCCAAGCUCCAUAUAUAGCCCAUGAUCACAUCCUCGGAAGGGCCCACAGGGUGACAACUGGACACUCGGACAUCGGAGGCUCCUUCUCUCCCCUAUUCGAGCGAGCUUGGGUGUUUCAAGAACGACUGUUAGCUCCGCGCACCAUCGUAUUUCACCACGAGGAACUAGUAUGGGAGUGUGCCAAAGCAACCUGGUGCGAAUGCGGAGAAAUCAAUAGCUCGUCCACUCCUAGUGCAAUUGGGUAUGAUGAACUGUAUCUGAAGGGCCGGCUGACUCGUCUCAAUUUUAAUGCAGACGGGAUCGUUUACUCCAAAGAGCAUAUGUUUAGCUUUUGGAUGGAUGCCGUUGAGCGCUACUCGCUCCUUAGCCUCACAAAGGAGUCGGAUCGUCUGCCAGCACUAGCAGGCUUAGCACAACGCCUUUCAAAGCGCUUUUCGUGCCGGUAUCUAGCAGGAAUGUGGGAAGAAGAUUUGGCAAGGAACCUAUUAUGGAGUCGAGAUCCAUGGCGAGAGACAAGGUCGUGUAACGAUCUAAGCGACUACUGUACGCCAACUUGGUCGUGGACGUUUAUACGG